UGCGGUCGGUCCGAUUUGGUACAGUUUCAAGCAGCCGUCGUGACGGUAACGUUGUAUGGAAAAAAUAACAAGCUCGCUAAUGAAGGCUUACGAAAAACAAGUGUGGCGCGAAAUCAUAGAAGAUUAUCGAAAAAUGCCGCACCUGUGGAAUCCAUCGCACGCUGAUUACAGGAAUCCCUAUAAUCGUAAUCGAUCCAUGGAAACCCUGCUUCGAAAAUACAAACGGAUUGAUCCGGACGUCAACAUGCAAAGUUUUAAAAAGAAAAUUGAAAACCUGCGCACGGCUCGGAAUCGAGAAUUGAAAAAGGUCGAAGCCUCAAUGCAAUCGGAUUCAGUUGGGAAGGACGUUUACGUACCAACUCUGUGGUACUUUGACUUACUUUCAUUUCUAAAUGAAAAGAACGAGCACAGCCUCCAGUGUGCAGAUUCCUGCGAGAGUUUUGAGGAAGAGAAUAGCAAAGCCUCAGUUCUGAUCGAGCCCCCACCAGCAAAGAAGCAAAGAACACAGCAUCCAAAAGCCGCGAAAGCAAGCGUCGAGACGGACGAGAAAAUCAAUAACGCCGACCAAAGUGAAUGGGAAGUCAUUGGGAAGUCAAUAGGUUAUCAACUGAAAGGAUUAGAGAGAACGCAGUUGACAAUUGCACAGAAGCUCAUAUCGGACGUGAUAUUUUAUGGAAAAAUGAAUCGAUUGCUUCCUGACUCUUGCAUAACCGUUUCUCCAUCUCCAUCGUCUCAUACCUCAGCUUCGUCAAACACUUUCGGUCCAACCUCUUUCACAGGUUCCGUCAAAUCUACUUCAUUUAAAAUAAUUUCACAGCCGAAAUCCACUUCCAUGCAGUCUUCAUCCGACGUAAAGUGAAAUCACAGAACCCCCACAGUUCAACUGGGUCCAAAAUCCUUGCUAUAGUUUUUUACUUCCUAGUUAAAAAAAACUCUGUAUAAAAAAUGUAAGUAAAUAAUGAAAUAACUUUAAGCACAUGUUCUAUCGUCUUUGAUAAUUAAUAAAGAGCAAUUUUUCUAAUUA